UGAAAUUGCGCAAUCGUUUUGGAUUAAGCUGAAUCGUAGUAUUUUAACAUCAUUUUGUAGGAUCUCAUCGAGUCACCUCACCAUGUCACUUGGCACAGUUGGGUUCAUCGGAGCCGGGAAAAUAGCCCAAACAAUUACAAAGGGGCUUUUGGCUGCAAAUGCUGUUGCUGCAGAAAGAAUAGUAGCUAGUGAUCCAGCCAGCCACAAUCUUAAAGUAUUAUCAGACUUGGGAACCAAGACUGCCACAAAUAAUGAGCAACUCCUCCAGAUUGCUGAUACCAUUUUCUUAGCCACCAAGCCAAACAUUGUUGGAAGGGUACUGAAAGAGAUUUCCCCACAUAUCAAGAAAGACCACCUCUUAAUAUCACUAGCAGCGGGCAUCACCUUAGACUACUUAGAAAGUAGCUUGCCGGAUGAGACAAGAGUGAUCCGUGCCAUGCCCAACACACCAUCUAUUAUCAUGGAGGGUGCAACCAUCUUCUCAGUUGGUAGGAAUGUCCAGGAGGGUGAUGGGAAAAUGUUCCAGUCAUUAAUCUCUCAGCUAGGGAUCUGCUUAGAAGGGGAUGAAACACUCAUAGAUGCAGCUAUGUCAGUCAGUGGGUGUGGACCUGCAUAUGCAUAUGUGGCCAUUGAUGCUUUAGCAGAUGGAGGAGUUAAGAUGGGACUACCUCGAGAUGUUGCUAUCAAACUUAGCGCUCAGGCAUUAUUGGGCUCAUCCAAGAUGGUAUUAACAGGUGGUAAACACCCGUCCCAACUCAAAGAUGAAGUAUGUUCCCCGGCAGGGACCACCAUUGAUGCCAUCCAUGAACUGGAGAAAGGUGGCUUCCGACGAUGUCUGAUAGAGGCUGUAGAAGCAGCAUGUCUGAAAGCAAGGCGUCUCAAUGCAAUGCAACUUUACGAUAAAAAAUAGAUGCAGAGGCAAGGCAGUAUCUGUGUGAGCAAGUUCAUUGGCUUCAUUUGGUUAUCUUGCUAUAUGGGCUACGAAUUGGAAGCUGGUCUUGGGCAUGCACUGUCCUCAAUCUAUGUUUUACAGCACUUCUAAUUUAUGAUAGACGCUGUUCUACAUGUAACUACAGGUGUAGACACUGUUCUAUGACCAGGUUCAGGUUUUUCUAGUCCCAGAAUUAGCAACUGAUCUAUGUUCGGGUAUAGAUACUGUUGGUGGGAUUUAGAUAAUGGUUGAGUCCUGGGUGAAUAUUAAGAUUAAAAAUCUGGGAUGCUACUCUUAUUGAGGUUGUAUGGUGAGGAUCCUAAUACUCCUUGGUAAAUUUGCUAUCAGUUGUAAAUACCAUGGUAGCAGGGCUCUACAGCUAAAUAUAAAAAAAACAAAAUGGUAUUAAUCAUGGCAGUAUUAUUACCAUUAUGUUUCCUGUGAACCACGGCUAUGCAGUGUUGUGUUCAACAAAGUAAAACUGGACUCCAAAGUUAUUCACUUUCUUAAACAAAGUCCAUGCUUAUAAGGAUAUUGGCAAGGCAUAUGUUCACUGUGGAUGUGCUCUUAACAGAUAAGGCUGAAAAUACAAGUGCAUUAUGUGUAAUAUGAGACACAUAAUUUAUCAUGUUCCAAAAAAUCUUGUCAUAGCUUUUAUGACUUUUAUCUUACGUAGGUAACACAUUUUCAUUAGAAUUCAAUGAAUUUCAAAUUUUAAAUGUGUAUGAAAUUCUUUCAUAUUUCUUCAUGUAUUUUAAUCAUCUGACAUUUUUUUAUGGUGUCACACUUCAUUCUAAGUAUUACUUACAUUCCUUUUGGUUUCCUUUGAUAAUACUUAGUGUAAUACCGAUUUUAUGUCAUUGCCUUUGAAAUUUUGCCUGUGCCAAUUGCUUUAUUUACAGUAUUUCAAUUUCAAAACUUAAUAAUAAUUGAGUGCCACAUUGAUUUAUUUACUGUAAAUUAUGUUUUAAUAGAUUAGUCUUGUCUCUUUUUAUGAGUUUUUUGUUUUGUAUAUUCUGUUUGCUUUUUUUUUUAAAUUGGACAUCAUUUAAUUAUACUUGAUGACACCUGUGAAAAAGCAGAAUUCAUUAAGUAAAUGUGAGUACCAAUCAUGUAUAACUUAAAUUGAUUUCUGUUAAUAACAUGUGAUCAGGAAGUGUAUCUAAGUUUGUACAUACUGUCAGGCAGUAUCAAUUUCAUUUUAAUCAUGUAUGUACUCAGAGCUGCCAACUAUUAAGAAAAAGUUAGCAUUAUAUUAAUGAUUUUCAUGUCAAAUUAUGCCAUUAUACUUUUGACCAUAAUUAUUACACUUUUGAGGGUAAAUAAGUAUGUUAACAUUACUAUGUAGUAAUACAUUUGGCAGUGGCAAAGUCAUCUGAAGAUGGCCAAUGAUGCUCAUUAUUCGCAUGAUCAUGCAUCUAUUCUUCACAUCACUCUGAAUACUUGAUAUGGUGGUUUGCUUUCGUCAUGGAUUUAUCAUGGAUUUACGCAAAAGAGGGAGUACCAGACAUUGAUUCUGAAUCUGAGCCUUAAAAGAAAGAGUAUUCAUUUCUUUUUAAGGAAUCUGUUUUUUGCAUGCCCUCUUCAAAGAAAUUCAUAAUAUUGCAUGGCACAUAUAAAAUUAUGACUUAACCCUAAAUAGACUGGGCUAUUUUGACGUCUAAGAAGACG